AUGAUGAUGGUGGGGCUGCGAAAGACGAGGUAUCCCGGUAAACUAUGGAACCUGGCGUACAAGCAGGGCAUCGUCUGGACGCUUGUUCCCGUGCUGCUGGAAAUACCUAACGUUAUAUUCCUGGUCCUGGACUUGAACGAUGUCAUCAGUGUAGUGUUUGAGACGGUAUUCACGGUAUUCCUGGCAAUCGUCGUAACAAGGAUCUACCGGGACAUGUCGGAAUUUUCUCCUGGUCCAAACGAGCGAGUGGUUUGA